CUAGACCUUCACCCGCUUCGUGUAGACGCGCGAGCACCACGCCGCACACAGACCCCGCCCCCUGCGGCUAACGGGCUGCUCUCGCCUUCAGCCCUGUUGCUAAGGACGGGGACCGAGCACUUGUGCCUGCGCUCUUCAAUCCCAGACCGUGUAGGGUGAUACUUGGCUCAGUCCCUAGCGGCCCCAGGCUCGGCGUUGAACGGAAUCAGGACUUCAGGCAUCCUUUUGGAAGGAGGAAAGAGAUGCAGCAAACUUCUGGGCUGGUGAUUUUGGAUGCUGCAAGGAAAGCCUAGUUUCUGAUGUUCUCUUCCCCAUCUCCGUCAUCUAAGGACACUGCCAUUUCCCAAGAGAAGAGUCAAGAGGAGGAAAAAAUGGCUGUUGGACUUCUUAAAGCCAUGUACCGGGAGUUGGUGACCUUCAGAGAUGUGGCUGUAGACUUCUCCCAAGAGGAGUGGAAUUGUCUAAAUUCUUCUCAAAGGCAUCUGUACAGUAAUGUGAUGUUGGAGAACUAUAGGAUCUUGGUAUCACUGGGACUUUGCUUUUCUAAGCCAAAUGUGAUACUAUUGUUGGAACAAGGGAAAGAGCCCUGGAUGGUGAAGAGAGGGCUGGCAAAAGGCUUGUGCUCAGGCUGGGAAUCCAUGUGUGAGAGUGAAGAAUUAACCCCAAAGCAGGGCAUUUAUGAAGCACAAUCAACUCAGAAGAUAACAGAAAAACUUAAAAGCUGUGGCCUUGAGUCCUCUAGUUUGAGAGAAGAAUGGAAAUGUUUCAAGGAAGAGACAAUCAAUCAUGAAGAAACCCUUGUUGAUGAAAGGGGACAAGAAUAUAACAAGUCUUGGGGAAGUUUCCAUUUGAAACUGCUUCACACACAACAGAUAAUUCCAAAAGAGGCAAAAGUACAUAAACAUGACACACAUAAGAAAAGCUUUAAAAAAUAUUUAUUGGCCAUUAAGCCCAAGAGUACCUAUACAGAGAAGAAACUUUUGAAAUGCAAUGACUGUGAAAAAGUUUUCAGCCAGAGCUCAUCCCUUAUUCUUCAUCAAAGAAUUCAUACUGGAGAGAAACCCUAUAAGUGUGUGGAAUGUGGGAAAGCCUUCAGCCAGAGAUCAAAUCUUGUUCAACAUCAGAGAAUUCAUACUGGGGAGAAACCCUAUAAAUGUAAGGAAUGUAGGAAAGCAUUUAGUCAGAAUGCACACCUAGUUCAACAUCUGAGAGUUCAUACUGGAGAAAAACCUUAUGAAUGUAAGGUGUGUAAGAAAGCCUUUAGCCAGUUUGCCUACCUUGCUCAACAUCAAAGAGUUCAUACUGGAGAAAAGCCGUAUGAAUGUAGGGAAUGCGGGAAGGCCUUUAGUCAGAGCACACACCUUGUUCAACAUCAGAGAAUUCAUACUGGAGAGAGACCCUAUGAAUGUAAGGAAUGUGGGAAGGCCUUCAGCCAGAAUUCACACCUUGCUCAACAUCAGAGAAUUCAUACUGGAGAAAAACCUUACAAGUGCUCAAAUUGUGGCAAGAGUUUCGCUCGGUCUGGAAACCUGAAAUUACAUAAGCGAGUUCAUACUGGAGAGAAACCUUACGAAUGUAAUGUUUGUGGAAAGGCUUUUAGUUACUGUGGAUCCCUUGCCCAACAUCAGAGAAUUCAUACCGGAGAGAGACCCUAUGAAUGUAAGGAAUGCAAGAAAACCUUCAGGCAGCAUGCACAUCUUGCUCAUCAUCAGAGAAUCCAUCUUGGGGAGUUACUCUCACCACCUAAUCCAGUCAAUCACCAAGUUCUGUAGACGCUACCAUAAAUAUUUCUGGAAUUUAUUCUCUUUUCUCCAUCUUUAAUAUCACCCUAGUCUAAGAUCCAUCUCACCUGAAUCACUAUUAUAGUUUUCUAACAGAUCUUCCUCUAUCAACUUUUGGUUUUCUUCAAUUCACUUCCCACCAUGCUCCCACACUGAUCUUUGUGAAGUGUAAAAAUACACACAUCACUGCCUCCCGUUAUAACUUUUUUGGCUUGCUAUUCUUAAGCUAACAUCUAGUCUUUAAAAUUGUCUAUGAGGUGCUUUAUUAUGUGGUUCUUAUAUACAUGUUAGCCUUAUUUUAUUCCAGUCUCCCUCUGUGGACAGUAAGCACCUUAGAUUCUAGAAAAUCAUAGCUCUACCCCUACUAUGGGAUUGUGUGACUGAGUAAUUUGCUUGACUUAUCUCAACCUCAGGGUUUUCUUUAAUUCUUAAAAUAGGGAUAAUAAAAGACAGUGUAUUUUAGAAAUGUAUUAAAGGAAAUAGUACCUGUUGUAGAUUGGUGCAUAUUAAGUAAGAAACUUGCAUGUAAACUUUAUAUAGUACAUCAAAUAUAGCACAUAUUCCAUAAAUGAUAGCUAACCUGUAUUGAGUGCCUACUAUGCACCAGGCAUUGUUCUACAUACUCAACAUAUAUUAACUCACUCCUCACAGCUAAAACAAGAUUCCUAAGUGGACAAAGUAUAACAUCCCUUAGAAGCAACAGGUCAGAAUUGGGAAACCUAAAAAUUUUAGAACAUAAGUGGAGUCUUUGUACUCUAGAUUAGUAAUCAAUAUAGACACAAGUAGUAGAAAUAUAACACUUAUAACCAGUUUUAGGAAGUUUCCAGAGAGAAUGAAUAGGAUAAACCAAUUAAAAUGAGGAUUCACUGAGAAUACAGUUUACAUUUAGAUAAAAGAAAAGAGAGUAUCACAAUUAACUCCAAGAAAAAAUCCCAAAUAAAACCCCUAAUAAACAGAAAUUCAAACUGUCCCAUAAAAAGGGACAAGGCCCAGGUAGUUUUAUGGUGAAUCUAGGCAAUUUCAAAAGCAUUUAAGUUGUUCCAUGCUGUAGAAAAAUUGUAAUGUUUAUCAUUUUUUUAAGUCAGUGAUUAUGAAAUUGAAAUCAAAGGGGGACUUAGGGAAGAAAACUACAGAUAUAUAUGUGCUUUCAUUGAUUUGGUGAAUAUUGAGUAGCUACAAUUUGCCAGACACUAUCACUGUUGUAGGCAUGAGGAGACAAUGAUCAAUCCAAAGACUAUGUACUUGUGGAGUUAAAAUUCCAGAUGCUGGGAGUGUUAAUACUUAAAUAUAAACAUAGAUUUUUCAGACCCAGAAAACUUCUGAAGAGUAAUGAAGUAAGUUGAGUAUUAUGUAGUCUAGACCGAAGAGACUUGAGAUAAAGUUACCAGUUAUUCCUAACUCACAAAUUCACUGCAAUGCUAACCAAAAUUCCUGAAUGGGCCUUUUUGCCCUUUAUUUUCACUUUUUCUGAAAUUGAUCUAUGAAGUGUAAAUUUUUAAGAAUGGCAAGAAUAUUCUUGAAUCUGAUCUAUUUGUAGAAACUUUGCAUAUGAUGAAGAUGGUUCAUACUAGUAAAGAAAGGAUGGAUUCAGGGAUAUUAGAAUAAUUGACUAUAUACAUCACUAGUAGUAAAGGAAAUGCAAAUAAAACUAUGAUGAACUAUUCCAUGAUCAUCACAUUGACAAAAAGUAUUAUAUUGCCAAUGAUUGCAUAGAUGUACAGUAAUAGAGAUGUUCAAACAAUGUUAUUUGGAAGUAGUUGUGUUUAGGAUAAUUAGGCAAUAGCUAGGAAAGAUGAAUAUGUGGAUACUCUUUGACCCAGCAAAUCCACACUUAAACCUCUACAGAGUCUCCUCAUGUGUUCAGGUAGAUGAAAGUCCACUUCAGUAGUGAGAAUGAAAAUUGAAAGCAAUCAAAGUAACCAUUAGGGUGAAUAUAAGUUAGAACCCAAGUUAAAAUGAAUGAACUAAAGAUACUUCUAUCAACAAGGACAAAUCUCAAUAACAAUGAAAUUGAACUAGAGUAUUUUGUAUAUGGUACCACUUAUUUAUAACAUUUGAGAACAUGCAGAUCAACAUUUAUAUUUUUCAUUGCUAAAUACUAAAGAAAUAGUGUAAUAACACUCAGAAAUUAAUCAAAUUCAGAACAGUGGUGACCUCUGGGGAGGGAGAAUAAUGAGAUUGAGGAAAUGAUGCAAAUAAUUUAUUUCUUUAAAAUAUAAGCAAAUAUGGCCAAUUCUUAUAAUUCAAUAGAGCUGGUCAUGGGUUUAUAGGUAAGUUUUUAUUCUCUUAUCUUUCUGUAUAUUUAAACUAUUUCAUAAUAAAACAUUUAAAUGA